ACAUCAUCAAGUAGUACAUCACUCAAACAAUGUCCCAUCAAUGUCGAUGCCAUCAAAUCAUCUUAUGACCCUACAUUGGUCGAGGAUGGCAAGUACAAGUGGUGGGAGGAGUCUGGGUUCUUUAAGCCAAGACCUAGUAAUGAUGGUUCAAACAAGAAGUACUCGAUGGUACUGCCACCUCCAAAUGUCACUGGAAGCUUACAUAUUGGACAUGCCCUCACCACGACAAUAGAGGACGCAUUGGUACGAUAUAAGAGAAUGAUGGGUUAUGAGACACUAUGGGUACCAGGCCUCGAUCACUCAGGCAUUGCCACUCAGGUCGCUGUGGAGAAGGAACUACGUGCAAAGAAACAACUGUCGCGACAUGACCUUGGCAGAGAGCGCUUCCUCGAAGAGGUCUACAAGUGGACCGACCUCUACUCACACAACAUCAACAAUCAACUGAGAAGGACUGGUGCUUCGUUGGACUGGAGUCGCUCAGUCUUCACGUUGGACAAGCAGAGAGCGCACGCUGUCGAGACGGCCUUUCUCCGCUUCUUCCGAUCGGGACUAGUAUAUCGCGCUACACGUCUCGUCAAUUGGUGUCCAGAACUACGCAGUGUGAUCUCUGACAUUGAGGUGGACCACGUAACAUUCGAGAAGCCAACACACCACAAGCUCAAGUCCAGACCCAAGACCUUUGAGUUUGGCGUGAUCUAUGAUGUGGCGUACCAGGUGGAGGGCGGUGACAAGGUGACGGUCAGCACGACGCGUCCCGAGACAAUCUUUGGUGAUACUGCCCUGGCCAUCCAUCCGACUGACCCUCGCUACACUCACCUGCACGGCAAGUACGCCCUGCAUCCCUUCACUGGCCGUCGCAUCCCCAUCGUCCUGGACGACGUCUUGGUCGACCCCAAGCUCGGCACUGGUGUAGUCAAGGUGACACCUGCACACGACUUUAACGACUUCCAAUGUGGACAGCGACACAAGCUCGACUCGAUCAACAUCCUCACCGAGGCGGGCAAGCUGAACGACAACGUGCCAGAAGAGUUCCGCAACAUUGAUCGAUUGGACGCACGAUAUAUAGUCAUUGGCAAGCUCAAGGAGAUGGGCCUGUUCGAGGGCAAGCGCCCACAUGCCACAUCAAUCGCGAUAUGCAGUCGAAGUGGCGACCUGCUGGAGCCAGUGUUGCGACCCCAAUGGUACGUCGACUGCAGCGAGAUGGGCAAGCGAGCAUUGGAUCUCGUGGAGAGUGGCAAGAUCAACAUCAUACCAGAAUCAUACAAGGACAACUGGGCACGUUGGCUUGGUUCCAUUCAAGACUGGUGCAUAUCGAGACAACUAUGGUGGGGUAAUCCAAUCCCCGCAUACCGCGUCAUAAAGAUGAAGUUGAGCAAAUGGGUAGUGGGCGAGUCAGUAGAGUUUGCCGAACAGGAGGCCAUCAAGAAGUAUGGCCUGGUCAAGGGUAGCUUCUCACUGAAGCAGGACGAGGAUGUGUUGGAUACAUGGUUCUCGUCGGGAUUAUUCCCAAUUUCAUCACUUGGAUGGCCCGAGUCCACGAGCGACUUGAGCAAGUUCUAUCCUUUGGAUGUUAUGGAGACCGGUUCUGAUAUUUUGUUCUUCUGGGUGGCCAGGAUGGUGAUGAUGUGCACGACGCUGGCACCCGAGCAACAGGUGCCAUUCAAAACCAUCCUGCUGCAUCCCCUGAUCAGAGACUCGCAGGGCAGGAAGAUGUCCAAGAGUUUGGGCAAUGUGAUCGAUCCGCUCAACGUCAUCAAUGGCAUCACAUUGGAGCAGUUGAAGGUAACAAUCAGUCAAUCGAAUCUCAGCGAACAGGAGAAGAACACAGCCACCAAGGGCAUGGCUAAGGAGUUCCCAAAUGGCAUCCCCAAGUGUGGCACUGAUGCCUUGCGCAUUGGACUCAGUCAAUUCCCCAUCAGUGGCAAGGACAUCAACUUGGAUAUGUCAAGGAUCAUCGGACAGAGGUUGUUUUGCAACAAGAUUUGGAAUGCUACAAAGUUGGUUCUCUUGCAUGUCAAUCAACAUGAUACUGUGACAACACUCUAUGGUGCCAACAAUGGCGUGGACUCUGCUCCAUUCAAUCAAGAAUCCAUCUCAAUCAUUGAUCGAUGGAUAUUGAACAGAUUGUCAUCACUUGUGACGCUGGCCAAGGAGUCAUUUGACAAGCACAACAUGUCACAACUAUCACAGGCAUUGUACUCAUUCCUUCAGUAUGACUAUUGUGACUUUUACCUCGAGGUUACAAAGGUGGCACUGAAUCGAUCAGAGCGCAAGCCUAGCAAUGUAGAGUCACACCUAGUCAUGGCCAGCACACUGGAAUGCUUCCUUCGUCUUCUGCAUCCAUUCAUGCCCUACCUUACUGAAGACCUCUGGCAACGACUGCCCAAGCCAAAUCAAUCACCAUUGUCUAUCAUGAUAGCAGACUACCCCUCGAUAUCACAUCCCAACCAUCAGCAACUAUCAUUCCCAGAGUUGGAUAAUGUGAUUGCGGUA